UCCUCUACCCCUAUGCCCUAUUGCUAUUCUUCGAACACAUCAUGUCAUAACGCAACCAACUUUUGCUGCGCACACGUAUCUUAUUUCAAGUAACCCCUGGUGGGGUGGCUGCUACUGAUUGUUAUAUAUGGACGUUCAAAGAAACCAAAGGCAGAAAUCUUUGGGGCGCCACACAAAUCUUGCAUUAGGAUGGAUUGACAUGCCAAAAAAUGGAGACAUUCGUUACCGAUUUUCUCUCAUCCUCGCAAUUGGGGUAGCUUUUAUAGUGACCAUUGGUGCCGCCUUCAGGAUAUAUUUUCAUUCUGGACAAGAUGAAUUCCCCGAUGGUAUAACGCGGAUAUAGGGUCAGCGAUAACGUUGAGACGACAAGGAUCGGGAAUGUUGCAUUGUCUAAAUGUCAACAAUAACCAU